CUGAGAACCAGAGGCGGUGGGAGUUGUUUGCGGCUAGAGGGUGGCUCUUUCCGGAGCCCCAAGCUUCGUCCCCAGGGAGCCAUGGCGAAGUCCAGGGGCCGUCUCUACUUUUGGAUGUACUUGGCUGCCGCGCUGGCAUCUUUCCUGGCAGGAUUUAUGGUGGGCUGGUUUGUUAAGCCUUUCGAAGAAACGACCACUUCACCACCCUAUCAUCAAAGUAUACGGUGGAAACUUAUAUCUGAGAUGAAAGCUGAAAAUAUUAAAUCAUUUCUUCGUUCUUUUACAAAGCUCCCUCAUCUGGCAGGAACAGAACAAAAUUUACUUCUUGCCAAGAAAAUCCAAACCCAGUGGAAGAAAUUUGGACUGGAUUCAGCCAAGUUGGUUCAUUAUGAUGUUCUCCUAUCCUACCCUAAUGAGACAAAUGCCAACUAUAUAUCAAUCAUGGAUGAACAUGGAAUUGAGAUUUUCAAUACCUCCUACCUUGAGCCGCCACCAGAUGGAUAUGAGAAUGUUACAAAUAUUGUUCCACCAUAUAACGCUUUCUCAGCCCAAGGCAUGCCAGAGGGAGAUCUUAUGUAUGUGAACUAUGCUCGUACUGAAGAUUUUUUCAAACUGGAAAGAGAGAUGAACAUCAACUGUAGUGGAAAGAUUGUUAUUGCAAGAUACGGAAAAAUCUUCAGAGGAAAUAAAGUUAAAAAUGCCAUGUUAGCAGGAGCCAUAGGAAUCAUCUUGUACUCCGAUCCAGCAGAUUACUUUGCCCCUGCAGUACAGCCAUAUCCUAAAGGAUGGAACCUUCCUGGAACUGCAGCACAGAGAGGGAAUGUAUUAAAUUUGAAUGGUGCUGGGGACCCGCUCACUCCAGGCUAUCCAGCUAAAGAGUACACCUUUAGACUUGAUGUCAAAGAAGGAGUGGGAAUCCCCAAGAUCCCUGUACAUCCUAUUGGGUAUAAUGAUGCAGAAAUAUUACUACGUCACAUGGGAGGAACUGCUCCACCAGAUGAAAGCUGGAAGGGAAGUCUUAAUGUGCAUUAUAACAUUGGGCCUGGCUUCGCAGGGCAUGAUUCCUUCAGGAAGGUAAGAAUGCACGUUCAUAACACCAACAAAAUUACAAGGAUUUACAAUGUAAUUGGAACGAUCAGAGGAUCUGUGGAACCUGACAGGUAUGUUGUUCUAGGAGGUCAUCGGGACUCCUGGGUGUUUGGAGCUAUUGACCCAACCAGUGGGGCUGCUGUUUUGCAAGAAAUUGUCCAGAGUUUUGGAAAACUGAUGAGCGGAGGCUGGAGACCUAGAAGAACUAUCAUUUUUGCCAGCUGGGACGCAGAAGAGUUUGGUCUGCUGGGGUCCACAGAAUGGGCUGAGGAGAAUGCAAAAACACUCCAGGAGAGAAGCGUUGCUUAUAUCAACUCAGAUUCAUCUAUAGAAGGCAAUUAUACUCUCAGAGUUGACUGUACACCUCUUCUUUACCAAUUGGUGUAUAAACUAACAAAAGAGAUCUCCAGCCCAGAUGAUGGUUUUGAGAGUAAAUCUCUUUAUGAAAGCUGGUUGGAAAAGGACCCUUCAUCUGAAAAUAUAAAUUUUCCUAGAAUCAACAAACUGGGAUCUGGAAGUGAUUUUGAAGCUUAUUUUCAGAGACUUGGAAUUGCUUCAGGCAGAGCCCGUUACACUAAGAAUAGGAAAACAGAUAAAUACAGCAGCUACCCAGUAUACCAUACGAUUUAUGAGACGUUUGAAUUAGUAGAGAAUUUUUAUGAUCCAACAUUUAAAAAACAGCUUUCUGUGGCUCAGUUACGAGGAGCACUGGUUUAUGAGCUUGCAGACUCUGAAAUCAUUCCGUUCAAUAUUGAAGACUAUGCAAAAGCUUUGAAAAACUAUGCAACAAGUAUCUACAAUUUAUCUAAGAAACAUGACCAACAAUUGAGAGACCACGGAGUAUCAUUUGAUUCUUUAUUUUCUGCUGUGAAGAACUUCUCAGAUGCUGCUUCAGAUUUUCAUAGAAGACUUACACAAGUUGAUCUUAAUAAUCCCAUUGCAGUGAGAAUCAUGAAUGACCAACUGAUGCUCCUGGAGAGAGCAUUCAUCGAUCCCCUUGGUUUACCAGGGAGGCCGUUCUAUAGGCACAUCAUCUUCGCUCCAAGUAGCCACAACAAAUAUGCUGGAGAAUCAUUUCCUGGGAUCUACGAUGCUAUGUUUGAUAUUGAAAAUAAAGAAGACCCUCGUUCAGCCUGGAGAGAAGUAAAGAAACACAUUUCUAUUGCAGCCUUUACAAUUCAAGCAGCAGCAGGGACUCUGACAGAAGUAUUAUAGUAAGGUCUCAGCCAAGUGGCUAACCAUUUAAAGUGUUACUGAAAGUCUGAGGAUAAAAUUCUUCCUUGUAUUUUGAUAACUUAUGAUGCCAGAGUAUUCUAUAAUCUUGCUUUUCAUGUCAUAUUUUGAUUUUAGACUUCCAUCCUGUCCAUCUGUAAAGAGGUGUUUUGGCUCUUUAAAAAUUCUUAACUUAAUCACCGAAGUGUUAAAACAAAACAAAAAACCUCCAGUCAUGGGGCAGAAACACAAAGUAUCUGAAAAUUCCCUUAAAUAAAAUAUGGCAAGGAACCUGGAACUCUCAGACAUUGCUGGUAGAAAUGUAAAACAGUACAAACACUUUGAAAAAGAAUUUGUUAGUUUCUUACACAGUUAAAAAUAUAAUUGACCCUGGAACAACAUGGGUCUGAACAGCACACAUCCACUUAUACGUGGCUUUUUUUCUCAUAAAUAUGCAUUUUCUCUUCUUGAUUUUAACAUUUUCUCUAGUUUUAUUGUAAGAAUACAGCAUAUAAUAUACAAAAAUGGGUCAAACUGUUAUCAGUAAGGCUGUUAAAUUUUUAGGGAGUGAAGUUAUAUGCAGAUUUUUGACUGCAUGAUGGGUUGGCACCCCUAACCCUCACAUUGUUCAAGGGUCAACUACAGUAACCUUUGCAAGUUAUUGUUUCACAAGUUAUUUUGUUUUCAUCAUCUUUAAUCAACAGAUGAUCAUCAGAACAGAACAAGUGAUUUUGUGGCAUAACAGUGUAAUCAAGGAUGUUACAGAAUGUGCUUGAACUAUUUCUUAAAAACACCUUCCCCUAGGAGUACUUUACCUAUGAGAUGUUUUAUGUAAGCCACUUCGUAACCACAAAGCAAAAAUAUAGUAAUGAAACAUAAAAAAUGGGGAGACUGCACAAAUCACCAUGGAAAUCCACUUUACAAAAGUAGAAACAGGGAAAGGAAACACAGAAGAUAAAAACUAGAAGGCAAACAACAAUAAGAUGGUAGUAGUAAGUAAUUAUGAAUGGACUGAAUUCACCAAAGGGUAGAGUGACUGGAUGAAAAAAAAAAAAAAAAAAACUUCACUCCACUCUGUCUAAAGGAAAUUCAUUUUAGCUCUGAAGACAUACACAGGCUCAAAGCAUAGGUACAGAAGAGGAUAUUCCAUGCAGGUGGAUACCAAAAAAAGUGGGUGUAGCCAUACUUAUGCCAGAAAAAAUACACUUCAAGCCAAAAACAUUAACAAGUGAUAAAGAAG